AUGGGCGGUCGAUGCUCAAAAGGAGCAUCAAGUCCCACUCAUCCACAGUUUUCUGAUUUCUCAGUUUAUAGAUCGAUUGGUCGUGGUACUUUUGGACGGGUUUGCAUUGUUCAAUAUCGCAGUAACAAAAAAUUAUACGCGAUGAAAUAUAUGGACAAACGUCGUUGCGUACAACGAAUGGCAGCGAAUAUGGUUUUACGUGAACUUGAUCUUUUAGCACAUCUUUCGCAUCCAUUCAUCGUUAAUCUAUGGUUCUCUUUUCAGCACCAUUCGGACUUUUUAAUGGCAAUUUAUACUCCUAGAGCCUUAUUAGAAGGAAAACUAGUGAUUUUUGAUACUCUACGCAUAUCGAAAUUCAGUCAUGUCUAA